AUGUACUUCAAGAGAAUAUUUCUCGCCUCUGCGACAUGCGUUUGGCUUGCAACCGCAGUUGGCCUAGUCUUGUUCACAACGGUCGGAAUAGCUCCAACUGUCUACAAUGCCGUGGCUGAUGAGAGCCUCAACAUGGCCGGGAAUGGUGCAGCCGCCCUGACUGCCUUCAGCCUGGCAUGUGCCUUCGUGCUAGACUUCUACCUUAUGCCGCCUGUGCUUCAAGUGUUCUUAGCGGUGGUCUUCGCAGGUUUGGCUUUUGCCACAGCCGUGCUCAAGGCGAUUGCCUACCCGUACGCGCCCGGUCUUCUCUGCAUCGGGCUGCCGCUGGCCUACCUGGGCUUCCUGCGGGUGCGCGUCUUUCCGCCCUCGAGGGUUUCUGGCACCGAGUUUCUUCGGCCACUGUCAGCAACGUUUGGUGCCACUUGCGUGGGAGUUGUCGUAGUUUGGUGCGCUUGGAUCUUCUUGACGGACCGUGGCUGGUCGACGGAGACAAAGAUAUGGCUCACCGAGCAGAACAGCGAGGUUUUCAGCUACCUCUGGCACAACGGUACUACACCGUUGGUCUACACGACCCACUGUGGUAGCGGAAGCGAUACAUCAUGGUUUAGCUUGUCAGAGCAGACCGCUAUUCAAGCAGCCUGCACGAAGGCCGCGAAUGUAUGGUUCCUGCAGUGGGCCGGACCAUUCGCGAUUAUUUUGUGCAGUGGAGUCGAAGCGGCCCUUGCCUUCAUCUUCGCGCAGGUGUCACGGAAGCUGGUCCGUGGCAAUCCCGCUGAAGACGCCGAUGACGUGGAUGGUGUGGCCUAUCUGAAGCAGGUGCUGAAAGGAUGUCUGCUGAUGAUCGUGAUGGUUCUUGCAGCUAUGUAUGCUGCUGCAACAUAUGUGUCGGGAUCUGCUGUGGCGCUGAGUUCGGCCAUUUUCUGCUUGGGAGCACUGACGAUGGCGGCCACAGUCGGAUGGAUGUACGCGGAGAUCGACCACACAAAGCUCAAGCGCUUGGCCACGGAGGGGCGCAUGGCCGCCAGCAUCCUCAAGAUCAUGAAGUCGGACUGGGUGCGAGCAAUGGCUGUUGGAGGUCUCACCGUCUUCAUCCCGCUGCUGGCUGCGCUGGACAUGAUCCGGCAAUCCAUGAGAAAACUGCGAGGCACUGUUCAAGGAGGUGAUGGAGCCCAAAAUGACAGGUUCACGCCGACAGGCCGCAAGGUCGUCGAUGAAUGUAGUACCUGGAACUGGUGCGGAAUCCUCCAGAAGGUCAUUUUGUUGGGUGAGCUGGUAAUAGCCAUCAUCCUUGGCAUGAAGGCCACCUACGUGUUCUUCUCAUGGCUGAACACGACACUUUAUGUUGCGAACUUCGACUUCUGGGUGCUGACAGCAAUGGUGUUCGGCAUCGGCCUUGCCAUGUUCAUGUGCCCGAUCGUUCCGGGAAGUGCUGUCUAUCUUUUCGCUGGUGUUGUUCUCGGAGCACAAUCUCAGCUCGAGGGUCGGCCUGGAUUUGCUAUUGGUAUUACAGCUGGCGUUGUGGCGAGCUCUAUAGCCAAGCACAUUGCGUGUGUUGGCCAGUACAUGAUCGGCUACUAUGCUGGCAAGCUGGUGAAGGUCCAGCAGAUGGUGGGUGUCGAUCAGGUGCCGGCUCGUGCUACCGAAAAGAUUCUGAAGACACCGGGCUUGGGCUUGGGCAAGGUCUGCAUCCUCAUCGCAGGCCCAGACUUCCCGACAAGCGUUCUUUGUGGCAUUCUGAAGCUGAACAUUCCUCAGAUGCUGCUGGGGACCACACCCAUCGUCUUGGUCAGUAUCAUUCCGCAAGUCGCUACCGGAGCUCUCUUGACGUACAAUCCGGAUGCCGAGAGCGAGAGCAAUAUACAAUCACUGGUGUCCGGUGCGGUCACCGGGUUUGCAGCGGCCAUCCAGGCCUCAGCGGUUCUCUUGUUCACCUGGCGCAUCAUGAAGACGGUCGAGCAGGAUGGCGACGAGCUGGCCAAGCCGCGGCCAGAGCACGAAGCCGUUGCAAAGCUGACUGCGAAGGAAGCAGAAUACACUGCUGCGUUCAAGCAGGUCUCGCAGUGGCAGGUCAUGACAUGCACGCAGCUGUCGACGCUGCUGCUUGCGGUGGCCUCGAUCGUCUCUUCUGGCUUUGUCAUCGCGGCAGAUUUCAUGAUUGCAGACAAGUUCUGCUUUCGGAACUUUUCCAUCACGAAUAAGAUCAGUGACCCAAUAGAUCUUGGAGGCUUGGACAACAGCGCUUGGAAUAUCGUAAUAGUGCCGAUUGGGUGGCUCGCACUGGCUGUUGCAGUUCUUGGCGUGGCCUGCCAGAUUAUCUUUGGCAUCAUCAUCGCACGAGCCACGCGAGCUUUCAUGAAGGAGAAUGGCGGUUCCGCGCCGGCUCCAUGCAUAGUAGGACGCGAACAAGAGGGACAAGAAAAGGUGGCAAGGGAAGAUGAAGUGGUUGUGGAGCCACAGGGUUGCAUGAAGUGCUCUUGCUCAGCUGCCGUGGCGGUUUUGUUACGUUGUUUUGGCUGCAAUUCCAAGUCUUCCUGA